AUGCAUAGAAAAGAUUCUCCUGAUUCCGAAAGACAGCCUGGUACGGCAGCGAAAGCGAAGACCAUAAUUGAUGAUUUCAACGACAAAAUCAACCCGAGAAGAACUCCUGAAGAACUUCACAUCGGGAUUCUCGGCCUACAAGGGAAUGAACAGAUUCAGCUGAAGACCGAUGCAUCCACAUGUUUCGUUGAAUUCGGUCAGCAUUCGUUCCCCUUGGCUGAUGCUAGGUGUUAUCAGUACGACGUCAUCAGCAAAGCGCAAAUGGUGAGUUGUAUCGAAAUUGUAUCGGAUUCCUCUCUUCACGUCAAUGAUGACAUUCUUGUAGAAUGGCGGAUUUCCGGUUGUGAAGUUGCUGUACAACUCUCAGAGUACUUAAUGUACGGAGUAGGGACGCCUUGGUUGUCCAAGGUUUCCAAGAUCGCUUCCGCCUCAACUGAGUCGGAGUCUUUCUUCAAAUCGGUGAAGAGAGGCGAUAAAAAAGACUUUGAAGAGGGAAGAGCAGAAGUGCUGGCUGAAGCUGCAGAGGCGAGAAAAAGCGUCCACUAUGUCCAUCGAGACUUCACUAAUCGCAAGACGAAGAUGAUUGCUCUCCGAAUCCCGAAGGGAAGAACCAUUACAUCGGGAAAGGGAAUGGAGAAAAUCAUCUACGACUUCUACACUGUUCUCUUCGACAGCCAUGUCCACUUGCCUCCUCACCAUCUGAUGUAA